GCACGAGGAGUUGCGACGCGUAUUUGGAAAGUACGGGCACUUACUAGAUGUUACGGUGCCCGUUAAUUUCCAUACCGGUCGACCAAAGGGCUUCGCUUUUACAGACGUGAUGCCGAAGACGCAAUCCAUUAUCUCAACCAGACUAAACUGUGGGGCCGCGAAAUAUCUGUCGAGUUUACCCGUGGCAGUAGAAAAAGUAAGUGGUUCGAAUUUUCUCCUGCAGAAUUCAUUUUUAUUCCUAGACGCAGUUGUUUGUAACUUCUAUAGCCCUUUAAACAGUAAAAUUGCCCCUAAAAAUGCUUUUCUUCGUAGGCUUCAAUCAUCGGUUUCUGUCUUCUAA